AUGAAGUCCCUCACCGUGUACACCUACGCCGGAGGCCCUCGCCACAGAGACCGUUAUGAAGCAACGAGGGAGAUAUUUGAUACAGUCUUGAAGACCACUAUGGGCCAUCUAUCGAUCCUGUCUAUAUCGAACCUAUCACUUGACUGGUCUUUGAUACGUGAAUUACGCAUCUUGCGUAUAUCAUUUACAGCGUCGCUCUCUCUCCAAACCGUCGCUGACGCCCUCGCUCGUUGCCCUCGCCUUCAGAUAUUUCGAUAUGUCGAACGAGAAGGGUUUCGUCCCGAUGUAUCCACCGUCACAACCGCCAUAUCGCUGCCAUACCUCGAGGCGCUACACAUCCAAGGCGCUGUCGGAAUCUGUGCCGGUCUUCUACAGUCCCUGGUCAAUACGCCACGUUCGCUCAAGAUUGUGAUCUCCGCCUACGAACUGUCGGAUGUAUCACCAAUCACGUCUUUCGCGUCACUUGUGUGGGAUUGCGCCUUCGGCGAAGACGCACCCCUUAUUCGCUUGGCCAGAAUUUCGCUAUGCCCAGCGAUCUUCACGAUCGGCGACAACGCACUUGAGCCCUCUGAUACACGAUUGGGGAUCGCUGGACACAACUUCAUCCCAAGGUCAUCCCAGGGCUUUGAUAUGACUGGCUGGUACGCUGCGGGAGGUCCGGAUGAGUAUCCGAAUGUCGGCUUCGAGACCACCACACCAAUUUCCGCAGAGGAGGAAGUGCUGUCCGGUAUCUUUCAAUCGUGGACGUUCGUCAGCGCGACGCAUCUGGAUCUGCGGGGAACGAUGACACUUACAUCGACUCACUUGGAUGUGCUACUCGCGAACUUGCCUGCGGUGACAACGAUUAUGGUCAGACCUGAGGAGACACACACACUGGCUCUCAUAGAAUAUCUUCGCGUUCACUUGGUAGUCGGGCGGCGGGUUCUCUCCACGAUCAUCUUCGACGCCGAGUACGUGAAUAGGUCCAGCAUUGAAAUUACGCAGGGGAACAUUGCCCCAUCAUCGACUGUCAACUCUUUCGCUCGUCAAAAUGUCAUGCAGACGCUGCUACUAUGCGCAGAUGCUGCCCGCGCAGGCAUGCCGCUGGACGUGAUCGAAAUCUUCAAUGAGCCGCAGGAUCCAACACAGCGUCUCAUCCAAUCUUCACAAAUGACCGACUGGAGUGAGCUAUACGAGUACCUUGAAGAGGGUUUUGUAUACGAGGGAGUCUUGCAUAGUAGUAAACCUGAACACGACGGUGCAGAGCGAGACCUAUUCACGAAUGUGGACUCUUGA